CACACUUUAAUUCCAGUUCCAGUGACUUCAAUCUCCACAUUCCCCGCUUUCUAAAUUUAGCUUUUCCUGGAGGUUUGGAGCAGCUGUGUCUCUGGGGAGAUGUUGGUGGCCUCCGGAUCACUCCACAAGUCUCAGUGGGACUCACCCCGAGUGACAGCCAGUGAACAGAUGCUCGGAAAGCCCCAAGUCAGCAAAGCCCACGGUCCCUGACAUGCUGCCAGCCACCCAGCGGGAGAAGCUGCUGUGGGCACCCUGUGGGGCAAGCCAGUCAUCACAUCAGCUCCUUCGCCCGGGGCCAGCCUCUGUGAAGUGGGCACUGCCUCUGGGCCCCUUGGCCAGGCUCCAUGGCAUUUUCUGAACUCUUAGACGUAGUGGGUGGCCUGGGCAGGUUCCAGGCUCUCCAGACAAUGGCUCUGGUGUUCGCCAUUAUGUGGAUCACUUCUCACAGCAUGAUAGAGAACUUCUCAGCCACCGUGCCCAGCCACCGCUGCUGGGUGUCCCUCCUGGACAACAACACAGCCCAGGUCAGCUUCCUGGACCCUGGGGCCCUUCUGACCAUCUCCAUCCCACCUGGCCCCAACCAAGAGCCCCACAGGUGUCGUCGCUUCCGCCAACCACAGUGGCAGCUGCUGGACCCCAACGCUACGGCCACCAACUGGAGCGAGUCAGCCACGGAGCCAUGCCUGGAUGGCUGGGUCUAUGACUACAGCACCUUCACCUCCACCAUCGUGACCGAGGGGCUGCCCCAGCCUCAUGAACUCAGCCCCCCUCCUCUCCACCAGUGGGACCUGGUGUGUGACUCUCAGGCCCUGAAGCCCAUGGCCCAAUUCAUCUUCUUGGCUGGGAUGCUGGUGGGAGCUGCUGUGUGUGGCCCUGCCUCAGACAGGUUCGGGCGCAGGCUGGUGCUGACCUGGAGCUACCUUCAGACGGCCGUGUCAGGCACUGCGACAGCCUUCGCCCCCACCUUCCCCGUGUACUGCCUGUUGCGGUUCCUGCUGGCCUGUGCCCUCGUGGGUGUCAUGAUGAACACGAGCACUCUCCUGAUAGAGUGGACGUCAGCGCAGGCCCGAGUCUUGGUGAUGACCUUGAAUGCUCUGGGCUUCAGCUUUGGCCAGGUCCUGAUGACUGCAGUGGCCUAUGGUGUGCGAGACUGGACCCUGCUGCAGCUGUUAAUCUCAGCCCCCUUCUUCCUCUGCUUUGUGUAUUCAUGGUGGCUGGCAGAGUCAGCACGAUGGCUCCUCACCACUGGCAGGCUUGAGCGUGGCCUGCAUGAGCUGCAGAGGGUAGCUGCCAUCAAUGGAAAGAGGGCAGCAGGGGACACCCUGACCACUGAGGUCCUGCUGUCAGCCAUGCAGGAGGACCUGAGCACGAACCAGGCUCCUUCCAGUCUGGGCAGCCUGCUGCGCACACCCGGAUUACGCCUCCGGACCUGCCUCUCCACCCUGUGCUGGUUCGCCUUUGGCUUCACCUUCUAUGGCAUAGCCAUGGACACGCAGGGCCUGGGCAGCAACAUCUUCCUGCUCCAGGGGCUCAUGGGGGUGGCGGAUAUCCCAGCCAAGAUUGGUUCCCUGCUGCUGCUGGGCUGCUUGGGACGUCGCCCCUUGCAGGCUGUGUCCCUGAUGCUGUCAGGGCUCUGCAUCCUGGGCAACGGGCUGGUGCCCCAUGAGCUGGGGGCUUUACGUUCAGCCCUGGUGAUUCUGGGGCUGGGAUGCAUGGGGACCGCCUUCACUUGUAUCACCAUCUACUGUGGCGAGCUCUUCCCUACGGUGCUCAGGAUGAGGGCAGUGGGCCUGGGCCAGAUGGCAGCCCGCGGGGGAGCCUGCCUGGGGCCUCUGGUCCGGCUGCUGGGGACACACAGGCCCGCACUGCCCCUGCUGAUAUAUGGGUCAGUGCCAGUCCUGAUUGGCCUGGCUGCACUGCUGCUGCCUGAGACCCGGAACCUACCACUCCCUGACACCAUCGAAGACCUGCAGAGCCAGGCCGUAAAGAAGGCCAAGCAAAGCUCACGAGGGCACCCAGUCCUGCACUCCACACGACUCUAACCUCCUGGAAGCCCACUAUGGCUUGAAGAGGAGGAAGAGGAAGAGACUUCUGUACUCUGGAAAAGGCAGGGGGAGAGCAAAAGCCUCAUUUCCAGGGGGCCAGGGGCUGCCCUCUGGGGCCCUCACUCUCCCACCCAGCAGUCCCCUCCAGCCAAGCCCCGCCCCCUCUCAUUGUUUGAGGAGCCAUCUUCAACACUCAAGGGGCAGAGGGCAGUUCAGUUGACAAGAGGUACCCAUCACUCCAAUCCUCCCUGGUGGCUGCGAAGAGGACACAGGCCAACACCAAGGGAAGGAGCUGGCCCUGUUCACCCCACACUUCUCACUGCCCACUGCCCACCCGUCCACCUGCAUAGAGCUGGGAGCUGACCAUCACCCGUGGCCAAGACCUCCCUUGGCUCUGGAACAGCAGUGGUCUUAGCUCCUCAGGUUCACAUGGAGGCCUGUGGCAGCCCAAGUUGGCUGCUCUGGCCUCUCCCCACACCUGUGCACACCCCAGCCACACACCUGCCAUGCCCUUAACACAGUCCUCACACCCAACAAACUCUACUCUGCCUCCCACACCCAGGACAGUGACCCACCUUCAGGGGUCCAGGUCCAGGCUGGAGGUGAUGAUGAAACUCUCACCCAUAGUCCCAGCUGCACCAUGACCACCCUGCCAGCCUGCAAGUUCCCAGAGGGGUGAGGUGGUCCCAAUACCCUAUGUCCCUGCUCCCAUCUAGGACCAGGCUGAAGGUGCACUGGUGUGAGGAUGGAAUAAAGAGUGAAUAAAAAAACGAA